UGACAAAAUGGAACCCACCAGCAGUGUGAGGAGACCUGAAAGUGGCACAUGGCAGAGUGUGGCGAUGGAGACAGCAGCAAUGGGAGGCCGUACAGGGACCCAUGAGACACUCUGGACCUGGCAGCAGCAUGAGGAGGCGGUACGGGGGCCCAUGGCAGAUUACGGGCCUGGCAGCAGCAAUGGGAGGCCCGUAAUCUGCCAGCACCCUAUGACAAAAUGGAACCCACCAGCAGUGUGAGGAGACCUGAAAGUGGCACAUGGCAGAGUGUGGCGAUGGAGACAGCAGCAAUGGGAGGCCGUACAGGGACCCAUGAGACACUCUGGACCUGGCAGCAGCAUGA